UUUAUAUUUUUAUUUCUCUAGGAGGAAAGACACUGACUGGAUGUUUGUUUUUCAAACACUUUUCAAGUUCUUUGCCUGCAUAUUUAUUGCCUACUGUGCAUUUAUGAGGUUUAUAGUAGAUAUAUUCCAAUAUACGGCCGUGCGUCAAUUCAGUUUGGCAGAAUGUGCCUUGAUUUUUGCAGGAGCAACUUUUGUUGGAGCCACAAUGAUGUUUUUAGUGUUUUAUUGCGUACUCCACAGUUGGCUGAACUUCUUUGCAGAAAUGAUCAAAUUUGGAGACAGAGAAUUUUAUCAAGAUUGGUGGAACAGCACUUCCUUCUCUCAGUAUUACAGAAAAUGGAACUUAGUCGUACAUGACUGGUUAUACAAUUAUAUUUACGUAGAAACUCAAAAAUUGGGAUUUAAUAGAACUUUUUCAAUGAUUACUGUGUUCCUCGUGUCAGCUUUAGUUCAUGAGUAUAUCAUUGGCUUAGCAUUGGGAUUUUUCUAUCCUGUCCUGAUGGUUAUUUAU